AUGCCUUUUUCAACCGAGGGCAACACUGUAGGCAUCUUGGCCAGAUGGGACCCGCGAACAGGACAAACCAGUCACUCAAGAAGCAUCGACAGCAACGAAGAAGUCUACGUUGGUCGUGAUAGCAAGCGAUGUCAAUAUGUCAUCGACGACCCUUUCAUAUCGAACAAGCACUUACGCAUAUACACCAUCCUCUUCGAUCGCGAGAACCCAGGUGAAGUGGCUCCUUUGGUAUAUGUUCAGGACCACUCAAUGAAUGGCACAAUGUGGAACGAUUAUCGAAUGGGUGAAGGGAGUGGCAGUUUUCUGCUAAGCCAUGGGGAUAAGUUGAGAUUGACGCUGGAUAUUCACCUCAUUUUUCUUCGUGAGGAGUAUAAGGAGGAUCAGUGGUUUGAUAUGUUGCAGAAGGUUGAGAUGAAGGUGGGCAUCUACGUAUUGCUUGUUUUCCUGGAGCGAUGUAUGUGCUCACCAAGAUCCAAGGUAUUCCAGGAGCAAUACGUCAUCACACCGCGCAAACUAGGUUCCGGGGCCUACGGACGGGUCCAUAUGGCAUACAAAAAGGACAAUGGCCAGCAGCUUGCGUGUAAGGUCGUCGACCUUCGAGCCAUGAGGGAUAGGGCUACGAAGGAGAUCGAAGAACAGAAGUCGAAGUUCUUCAGGAACAAGUGGCAGGCGUCCAUGGUAAAUAACAACAACGACAAGCGUGCGGAUGUCAUUGCCAUUCGUGGACUGGAGAACUAUCUUUCGAAGAAGGUCCAGGAGAAGCUGGAUAUCUAUCACCGCGAGGCUAAAGUUCUGGAGAACCUGAGCCAUCCUAAUAUUAUCAGCGUGGAGAAGGUAAUAAGGUCCAGCAAUACCAUUUAUCUCUUCCAAGAUCUCAUCACAGCAGGCGACUUGUUCUCCUUUAUUCAGUAUAAAGGAGGGAAACUAGGUGACAUCGAGUCUGCUGUUGUGGUCCGACAAGUGCUCAUGGCCCUGGACUACCUCCAUGACCGCGAUAUCGUGCAUCGCGAUCUCAAACCGGACAAUAUCCUCAUGACAUCCCUCGCGGAUGGGGGUCGUGUGAUCCUCACGGAUUUUGGAUGUGCCAGACUCGUGAAGCCUAUGAUAGAGCGGAUGUCGACGAUGAUUGGCACAUUUGAAUACAGUGCUCCGGAAGUCCUCCAAUCCAACCAGAAAGGCUAUACGAAGGCCGUAGACCUCUGGUCCCUGGGCUGUGUCACGGCCAUCCUCCUCACAGGCGACUCUCCCUUCCGAGACCCAGGAAAUUUGGACCAGGCACAACUGCCUCAGAAUGGCGACUUUGUAAGGCUCGAACAAGAUAUGGAGUGGCACCAUGUCGGAACGCGUGCGAGAGACUUUGUCCGCCAACUACUUGUACUCGACGAGAUGAAGCGGAUGACAGUGAAGCAUGCGCUACGCCACUCAUGGUUCACGAACCGAGCCCACAAGCGUGAGUUUGAAGCCCUGUAUAGGAGAUCGAUCAAAGACUGGAAGCCUCGAGUACAUCAAGGGCCGUUGAUGGUUGAUUUGUGCAGCCUUAUUGAGAUUCGCAAGACUCGCGAGUUGCACCAGGCUAGUGCGGUUGAUGCAUGUAUGGAGAGAAGAGGCCAAUUAUCUCAUCCGUUAACUUCAUUCUCUGAGAAUCCCUCACAAUGUUCUUUGUCCUCCGGAAGCGCGACUGAUUGUGAACGCCCGGUCUCUCCUACUCUGUCAGAUCCGGAUCUACCAACGCAUAACAGGGCCAGAGAUGAAAGUUUUGAAUUAGGCGAGUCAUUUUAUUGUCAUCAGAAGCAAAAACUAGGCAUGGGAUUCAGUGCGCAGGGCGACAUUCCCAAUCCACCUACACACAUAACCACGGGAAAGAACGGAAAACAAAUCCCGUUGCCCUUUACAAGCGAUACAUACCCGAUCCCCAUCAAGAAGCGAGCUAGAGACCCGUGGGAAGUACCUGAAGACGAAGUGUAUGAAGAAGUCAGCAAUGCGAUGACUGGGAAGCGUCAACAUGUUGCUUAUGGAUCCAGUGUCUUCCCGAAAGCUGCGCAAUGGACCUAA